AUGAAAAAAGUUUUACUAAUUAAUUACGAAUUAAAAUUACUAAAUACGAUACGAUAUUAUUUUAUUUUUUAUAUUUUAUUACUUAAACUUAUAUUAAGAAGUUUAUAUAUAGAAGAUUAUAUUAUUAUUAAACUAAACUAA